AUGGCAUUUCUAAGAAAACUCGUUCAAUCUCACUCUUUUCACUUUCCACUCUCUCGCCUCUUUCCUCGGUUCCUAUCAGCUGUGCCAUCUUCGAAACCUUUAUCAAUAAUUUCAACAGGAUCGUUUGAUAUUUUGAGGACGGGAAAUUGUUAUUAUUUAGAUAAGACUCACUUCAUUCCUAAAAUAGAGGCUCUCGGUGCUCCUGCCAUCCUUUCCCUACGUCCUCGUCGUUUCGGAAAGACACUAUUCCUCUCUACUUUGUCCUCUUACUAUGAUGUAAAGAACAGAGAACGAUUUAAGCAAUUAUUCCAAGAUCUAUAUAUCGGAAAAAAUCCUACACCAUUAGCGUCUGAGUUCCUCGUUCUCAAACUCAAUUUUUCUGGGCUUCGCACUAACGGAUUGUACGAAAUCUUUGAAGUGAACUUUCACAAAACUUUGAAUACGAGUAUGAAAAAGUUUAUGUCCCGAUAUGAACAAGAGUUAGGAAAUCAUCAUUUCCGAGUUGCUGGCGAAAAAGAUGCUUUGGUGAAUUUCAGGAUGUUACUGGACGCGGUGGAAUUGAGUGAUAAAAAGCUCUAUAUUUACAUCGAUGAAUACGAUGGUAGUAUGAACGAAGCCCUUAAAAACAAAACACUCUUCCAAGCUCUCACCAAUCAUCACAAAAACGAAGGUGACUCCAAAAUCGCAUUAAUGGAAAAUUCGUUUAAACAAUUCUUCAGUAUAUUGAAGACUGCUUGUGAUGAAGGCAUAGCUCGUGUUUUCCUAACUGGUGUGACUCCUGUCAUUAUGGCUGAAUUCACCUCGGGUUUUAACAUUUCGGAAGAUUUGACGCUAGAAGAAGAAUUUUGGGACUUGUAUGGAUUCAAGAAAUCAGAAGUUGAGUUUCUCUUGGAUAAGGCUUUUGGAAAUAAUUUAUCAGAUAAUAUUAAAAAGGAAAUAAUGUCAUGGUUAAAAGAGGAAAACAAUGGAUAUUUUUUUCACCGUAAUCAACCUGAAGGGAUUUUCAAUACUGCACGUGUCAUGUACUGUAUCAGGAAGUUGAUGAAACAAAAGAAAAAAUUGGAUGAUAGUUGGGAUUCUUCAGUCAUCCUUAAUACACUUCUUAAUUUCCCCCCCGACCCGCAAACAUUGCCCGCUCAAACAACAUUGGACUUAAUUGUUAACAAUCCCCUUGGAAAAUCCAUCCUUACUGAAGCACUCAGUCGAAGUCCUCUCAAUUCUACAGAUGGCAUAGAACAACGAUUUCGACUCACUAAUAUUCGCGAGCUAGUAACUGAUCGUACCCCAUUAUUAUCAUUCAUGUUCUAUACUGGAGCCAUCACAUAUCAACCAAACACAUCACCCGCAUCAUUACAACACAAUUUUCGAAUACCAAAUCGUGUUGCUGAGAGGGAGUUUAUCACAGAGGCGCUUAAGAUUUAUGAUUGGCAAAAGGAGGAUUUAAUACCUGUACGGGAUUCUUUACAGAUUUUGGAGGCAAAAUAUGACAUUGAACCUCUUUGCCGAUUUAUAGAAGGAGUUUUACUAAAGCCAUUAAAGGACAAUAGUAUUAAGCAUUCAAAUGAAGAGGCGUUGAAACAAGCUUUUAUGGAUACUUUAAUUCUCACUAUUCGUGCGGACAUCGAGCCAGAAUUUCAGGUGUAUUCUCAGAGCUCGAAUUUUGGUGGAAAAGCAAUUGAUUUAGUGAAGACAAGCACCGGAAAAAUGAUAGCAAUUGAAUUUGAUAAUAUCAAGAUGGAGAAUGUUAAAUUGGACGGAGCUCGAGGCAGUUGGCAGAAAGCAACUGAGGUUUCACGAUCAUUGUUGGAAAAAUCAGAGGAUGAAAUUUUAAGCCUUGAAAUUAAAGAUAUAUACCGGCCAAAUCAAAAGACAGUUCGCGAAGCUUUGGAAUCGAAGAUUAAAAAUAAAAGCAACGAGUAUUUAGAUUCGUUAAAAAAACAACACAAUGUAGAGUUGAGCUGUAUGUUUAUUGUUUUGAGAGUAGGCUUGCAUCGUCUAAUUAGCAGGAGGGUUUAUUGUGUUGAUGAAUAA